UAAUUGAAAGUUAGAUUUACUAGUUAUUUUUCUCCUGACAGCAAUUCGAUUCCUGAUUGGAGCGGAGCGUAGCCACGAGCCAGUGCACGCGCGCACACGCUUGUUGUCCCCUCCAUAAAUAGUUCAGUCCGUCUCAGCGCGAGCAACGCUCUGAACAAACAACUGUACGACAGCCAAAGUUUCCCGAAGUUUUUCUUAUUAUUACUAGUAAUAUUUUAAUAACUUCUAAUAAAUGGAGGGUGAAUGCCGUCGAGGGAAGGAGAAGAAGCGGAGGAGACGCUGCAUUAUUUUUUGUGUUGUCGCUGUCUUGCUUGUGUUUAUUAUCUUGGCCGUGGUGUUGGGACUGACGCUGCGUGGCAAGACACUUCACACUUCAGACACACUUCAGGGAACAUUUAUUGCCAGGUGUGAAAAGUUCUCCGGAUACGACUGUCAAAAGAUAUGGGGAGUAUUUCAGCAGGCCUAUGUAGGACGGGACCCUUGUAAUGUACCAGUGGAAGAAUAUAACCCUCUCAUUGAUGCAGCCCCCUUCAAACCUGCAUGCAACAGAAUGAUGUUCUGGAGCAAAACAAAGGAUGUCGUCCACGAUUUCACUGAGAAGAGAGAUUGUUUUGGGACUCUGGAGGAAACUCUGUUGGGAUCUGUGCUGGAUGGUCUGACCUGGUGUGGAAAGGAGGGCAGCAGCGAAACAUUCACUACUGGCUGCCCAAGAUGGACAGACUGUGAAAACAACCCUGUUCGCUCAUUUUGGAACAGAGCCUCAGCUGGAUUUGCAGAUGCUGCCUGUGGUGAUGUCACAGCGAUGCUAAAUGGAUCCAUCCCAACACCUUUCAGUCCUGCGAGUAUUUUUGGCAGCAUCGAGGUGAAGAGAUUCAACUCCACCAGAGUGAAGAGCCUGAAUAUUGUCCUGGUCACACAAGAUAAUGAUGUGUCAAACUGUAAAAAUCCAUCUUUAAAUGACCUGCAGAAAGAGCUGGACACAGGAAUUAAAUAUAAUUGCAAGGAAGUAGCGAUAUCUCAGAUCCAGGAGUGUAGCUCCCAUCCAGAGAAACCCUGUGGAGCCUGCUGGUGAAGAUGUGUCAGAUUAUACUAUCAGACAACAAUAACAAGCCAUAAAAACAAACAAACAAACAAUAAAAAAAGUCUUAAUUUCAAUUUCAACAAUGUGCCAUCAUAAUGUGAGUCUUUUUGUACAUGUGGACCAGUUUGACUUAAUGUGAAAUGUAUCUUUUUACACAGAUUUCAUGGAUAUAUUUACAUUAUCACAAUGCAUCUUUUUAGUGUUUUUAAGUGAAAAGGUUGUGAGUCUGAUGGGGGAUUUUUUUUUUUUACCAAGUCUUAAAGAGUUGUGGUAAAUUGUCAUGUGCUGUACUGUAGAGUAAGAUGCUGCUAUCUUAUUAUGCACAAAUGAUAAUAAUACAUUUUCAGCAUUAAUUUCCAUGAAUACCAGGAGAUUUCAUUGUAUUACUCAUGAGAAACUGAAUAGUUUUUGAAUUUCAAUACAUUUGAAUUAAAAAGGUGUUUUUUUUUUCC